ACAAUACACAGCGCGCAGAAAUAUUUAUAUCAUAACUGACAUUAAUGCGAAGUAAUUCCGGUUCCAUUUAAGGUUAAACGAGCAUUAAAGUGCAGGGAUGUGUGCUGUAUUGCUUUGAAAUCGCUUGACUUUGAUCUUGGAAACGACAAAGCAACCAGAGCAUUUAUCAGCGAUUAUUGUUUUACAUGAAGACAAUUGAUUAAAAAUGAUCGAGUGAGACGAGUAAAACGCGAUGCCCACGGCAUUGGCGACGACCACCAUCGCCACCCCGUCCACAGCCACCACCUUCGUCUCCACCCUCGGCCUCCUGCUGCGAUGUACACAAAACGCCACCCUCGGCGACACCAUCACCAGCUCAGACCACUGCCGCGCCUUCACCUCCACCACCUCAAACACCACCCUCCCCAGCAUUGUAUGUCGCGACCUCGCCGAAAAACUCUACGUGUACGCGUGCAGUGCCCUGCCCAACCGGACAGACACGCGGAUGUCGUGCGUCGAGUGCAACUCCACGAACGUGAUCAACUUUCUCAGCCACAACGUGUCCGGCACGUUCGUGUUGGCGUCGCGAGCAACAGCCGGUGGUGGUUUCGGUGGUUUAGGCGGCGGUGAUGCAGCCGCCCGCCGGUUUAACUGUACACCGUGGAACGCCAGCGAGCCGGCGGUGUGGACGUGUGCCGCCUUCGGGGAGGCGGUCGCGUGGGACUGGAGUUUCUUGUUCGUGGUGGUGUUCAUACUUGCCGGCGGCUUGGGGAACAUUCUCGUCUGUCUGGCGGUGCUGCUCGACCGCCGCCUCCGGAACUACACCAACUAUUUUCUGCUCUCGCUGGCGAUGGCCGAUUUACUUGUGAGUUUGUUCGUGAUGCCGCUUGGUGCUAUACCGGGAUUUUUAGGUUAUUGGCCAUUUGGCGUGAUCUGGUGUAAUGUGUACGUGACGUGCGACGUGCUGGCGUGUUCAGCGUCCAUAAUGCACAUGUGUUUUAUAAGCCUCGAUCGCUACCUCGGCAUCCGGAAUCCGCUCAAGACGCGGCACAGCUUCACCACGCGUACGGUCGUGCAACGCAUCGCUCUAGUCUGGCUGCUCUCGAUGUUAGUCUCUAGCUCAAUCACAGUAUUAGGAAUAAUUAAUCAUAAAAAUAUUAUGCCUCAACCGGAUAUGUGUGUCAUCAACAAUCGAGCCUUCUUCGUGUUUGGCUCGUUGGUGGCUUUCUAUGUGCCGAUGGUGGUGAUGGUGGUGACUUACGCCCUCACCGUGCAGCUGCUACGCAAGAAAGCGCGCUUCGCUGCCGAACACCCCGAAGCGGAUCAGUUCCGACGCCUGCCGGGACGUUUCAUGGCCAAGCACCAGCAUCCACAUCAUCAUCAACAGCCCGCCACCCCAUCGUCGGCGUCGGCUAUAUCUACGCACACAAUGUGGCGUACCGCAGGCGGUGGAAAUCUCUCAGACAGAUCAAACAAUAUGCGAAUGUCGGCAUCAAAUCCACAAUUAUCGUAUACCAACGGCGGCGGCACGUCGCUAUCGUCCGGGAACAAUGAGGAGUGUGGGGGCGGCGGUGGUGGUGGAGGACACCGUGAUCAAGGCACACAGACACCGGAGAAUAUCGCCAGAGAGACACGUAACUUUAACCUACGCUCACUCAAACUGCAGCUCAACAGCGUGCCAUCGAACUUGAAUUUCAGAUUAUUGACAGGUCGAGUGACAAAACGUAAAAACCUCGCCGUAAAUUCAGUCGCAACCGAACAAAAAGCAUCCAAAGUAUUGGGUCUGGUUUUCUUCACAUUUGUCCUUUGCUGGGCGCCUUUCUUCAUCCUCAACAUUCUCUUUGCUGCGUGCCCAAAAUGCGACGUGCCCGACCACGUGGUCGUCGUCUGCUUGUGGCUGGGCUACGUCAGCUCGACAAUCAACCCCAUCAUCUACACCGUCUUCAAUCGUACGUUCCGCGCUGCGUUCAUCAGACUAUUGCUUUGCAAAUGUCAAAGGCUAUCGAGACCUGUUAGAUAUAGGUCCGUGAACGAGAACCGCGGCGCGGCGAGUCUCUGCACUCCAUCAGCACUACCCCUCGCCAUCAGUCUACAAGGCACACCGUUAUUAACACCUGCAUCGACGGAUACAUCCUACAUGGUUGUCACAAGGACACCGUCAGCCAAUUUCCGAGAACAUAAAGACACCUAUCAAGACCAUGAUUGUUAGAUAAGCACCGCAAAACAGAAAAAAUCAAAACCUUUGAUGUAAAAAUCCGAAUUUCUUCACGAGUAAGUUUUUUCAAUUUUUCACCACCUCAUUUAAUCAAUGUGUUUAAGUUUAAACACUAAAAUUAAUCAGCAGUAUUCUUAAUGUUAAGAAUAAAACAAUCAAGUAAAUUUGAUGAAAACAUUCCUCACCAAAACAAGAAAAAUUGUCAAUGUUAUAUAAAAAUUAUAAAAAAUUACAUGUAAACAUGUUGACAAUCUAAUCAAAUGUAGAGAGUAUUUAUUAUUAUUGAUAGCUAUAUAUUUUCAUUUUAUAAAUGAAACAAAACUAUCUGUAUUGGUGUAAAAAAAGAUUAUUAUAACAUGGGGAAGAAUAUUGCACUUAUUUAUUAUACGUGUCACCAACAAAUACGAUGGUAAUUAAAUGUAAGUCGUGUAUAUUGUAAGUGAAAAAAACUAUCUACAAUAAUUCUACCAAAAAUUAAUUGUAUGUUUGUAGAUAGAUAGUAUUAAAAUCAGCCAAAUGAAGAUAAAUAUAUAAAGAUAUAAAUAUUUAUUUAUAAUUGUGAUGUUUAAUGAUAGACUUAAAAUUGGAGACUUCAAAUGUUAUACAGGGUGUUGCAAAAUAUUUUUGUGUUAAAAGGAAAAAUUUAAUUUUUUUGCAAAAUUUUAUAAAAAAUGGUUAUAAAAAUAGUAAAUAUUACAUUUUUGGGUGUUAAAAGUGAUACUUUGAAGCAUUAAGUAAGUAUUUACGUUUUCCGAUGUAAAUAUUCUUAGUUAAUAUAUAAAAUUUGCAUUUUGUUAAAAAAAUGGUUGUUUGUAAAGUAAGUUUACGAUCGAGAUGUUUACGUGAUAACGUCUUAUUGGUGAUAUAAUUUUUUUUGUUGCAAUUGUUGUAACACUUCACUUGCACUUCACAUUUUGUUUCACUGUUAAAUAUUCAACGAAAACUUAACCGCACGAGAAAAUCUCCAUUCGUUUGUAUGCCGCUAGAGUGAGAGAGACGGAAGAUCGGUCCACUCACUCGAACACUAUGCCUGCCUCCGCUCGUGUGGAUUCCGCGUGUCAAGUUUCACGGAAUGACUGGCAGCGCUCGAGAUGAGACGGGAGAUCGGUCCGUCUCUCUCUCUCUCUCUCGUUAUACCUGCGAUCGGAGGCCUCGUGACAAGUUUCUGAACAUGUCACCCGACUAAAACGAUUUUAAAGACGUUAUCACGUCAAAAAAACUUUUUUUUUGCAAAAAAAAGUUCUAAAAAUAACAUAAUUUGAUGAUAAAUUUGAACCGUCAUUUGUGCAGACACCCUGAAUUAUAUGUAGCUCUCUAAAAAAUGAACUCUCUCCAAGCUUUGAAGCAAUUAUUAGACUUUUUUUUAAAUACAUGUUCCAAAAAUGUGCAUCAUUAA